UUUCGCGAAGGGACCCCUCCUCCCUAUAAAGCCUCCCACCCCGUCCCCUCCAAAAGCCAGCUCCAUUUCACAACUGACUCGUCGUACGCCACCGAUUCACCCACGUACGAGCAACAACCGCGCGGCGCUCGGCUCGCCCACAGCUCCAGCAGCUCAGCACCGUGUCAAAGCGAUGGCCAAAUGCAGCGGCAAGAUCCGCUAUAUCGUCUGGCUCCGGCAGACGUUGCGGCGGUGGCGGUCCCGCGCGGCGGCGCGCGCGGCGGUGGCGGCCGGGGAGGCGGUGGUGGUCCCGGCGGGGCACGUGGCCGUGUGCGUGGGCGGCGCGUCGCGGCGGUUCGUGGUGCGGGCGGCGCACCUGAACCACCCGGUGUUCCGGGAGCUGCUCCGGCAGGCGGAGGAGGAGUACGGUUUCCCCUCCGGCGCCUGCGCCGGCCCCAUCGCGCUCCCCUGCGACGAGGGGCUCUUCGAGCACGUCCUCCGCCACCUCUCCUCCCCGUCCAAGGCGUCCCGGUUCGUCACCCUUGACGACCUCAAGAGCGGCGCGCUCUCCUGCUGCUCCGCCGCCAGCGAGGCGCUCCCGCUCCUCCAUGGCAUCGCCGCCGACAAGGCCGUGUGGUGAAUGAAGCCCACUGGACGCUAGCCGCUCCGCGCGCCAUUGCGCGUACGUGUGCGACCAUUCGUGGCUUCUCUUUUCCUUUUAUUUUUUCGCUCUCGCUCCCUCCAUUUCCACACGAGAGGAGCUGGGAGUCUGGGACGCGACGGAAACAAGCAAGCAAGCAGGAUGAGAGCGGCCGGCCGGAGGCGGUGAAGUGAGAUGGCUGAGAAAGUCUUAGGAUUUUUAGACGGUCUAGUCUAGUCAUCCAUUCAUUCCCUUGUCAAAUCUGGGAAAAAUUUAGUGGCAGAAUUUUUAUUCUUUCUUCUUCUUUUUUUCUUUUUUCCUCUCACUUAAUAAUCCUCCGUUGUAAAUACUACCUGUACGACUGCGAUUCGGCCAGCAUUGCAAGUGAAAAACAUUCCUUUUCUGC